UGCACAAGAACAAUCAAGUUCCCAGCCGGUCACAGAGCCUAGCCACGGUGUCUCCACUCCGCUCUGCACUCCGUACUAUUCCUUAGAGUCAGCACACCAGGCUCCCCCAGCACAAUAGCAUCUAAGGUUGGAGGCCUAGGGAACGCUUAGGUAGUACGGCUACACUCCACCCUUAAAGCUUCUUCAGUGCUGUACGUUUUCUUUAAAAUGUGAAUAUCAGUUUAAUUUCCAAGUCACCUUAGGCAAUUAUUCCACAUAAGCCCUGACAGCAAGCUCCGCAAAAGGUUCCGACCGCGACUACUCAUGGCAGUGCCCCUCUCAGACUACACCUACAAUAAUGCACCAGGCCAGCGAGCCCCACCUCCUCGCCCUCUGUUGUGUGAAAGGUGAUUAUGCCGUCACUUCCACCGCAUGGUGCAGGCUGGGAAUACGAGUCAGGAUUAGCCAGCGCCUGCCCCGCUUUCCAGUGAGCCGAGUAGCACGAAGUGGUAACGAGCAGGAACGGCAGGGCGAAAGUUCUUCGUGACUACUGCUUCGACCAUGGAAGCUGAAGAAAUGAUGGAAUGCAUCCAGGAAUUCCCAGAACACUAUAAAGUUAUUUUGGAUAGACUGAAUGAACAACGUGAGCAGGACCAGUUCACAGACAUCACUCUGAUCGUGGAUGGUCACCAUUUCAAAGCUCAUAAGGCUGUUCUUGCUGCCUGUAGCCAGUUCUUCUACAAAUUCUUCCAAGAUUUCACUCAGGAGCCCUUGGUGGAGAUUGAAGGUGUAAGUAAUAUGGCAUUUCGUCACCUAAUAGAGUUCACCUAUACAGCAAAACUAAUGGUCCAAGGUGAGGAGGAAGCAAAUGAUGUUUGGAAAGCAGCUGAGUAUUUACAGAUGUUAGAAGCAAUCAAAGCACUUGAAAUCAGGAACAAAGAAAAUUCAUCACCCUUAGAAUCAAAUCAAAUACAAGGUAAAGAUAAACUGAAAAAGAGGAAGAUAGCUGAAACCUCUAAUGUUAUAACAGAAACACUGCCAUCUGCAGAAUCGGAGCCUAUUGAAAUUGAGGUUGAGAUUGCUGAAGGGACAAUUGAAAUGGAAGAUGAUAGCGUCGAGACACUUGAAGAAGUAGCUUCUGCAGAGCAAUCCAUAAAGUAUGUACAGACAACGGGUACAUCAGAUGAAUCUGCUUUGGCUCUUUUGGCAGAUAUUACCAGCAAGUAUCGUCAGGGAGAACGAAAAUGCCAGAUCCAAGAAGAAGGUGACAGUGCAACUGAUCCCUUAUGCAAACAGGUAGAAGGUAUUGAAAUUGUGGAACUUCAGCUAUCACACAUGAACAAUUUAUUCUAUUGUGAGAAAUGUAACCGUUCAUUUAAAUUGUUUUACCAUUUUAAGGAACACAUGAAAAUACACUCUACUGAGAGUUACAAGUGUGACAUAUGCAAUAAAAGGUACCUACGAGAGAGUGCUUUGAAACAGCACCUCACCUGUUACCACGUUGAUGAAGGUGGUGCCAGCAAGAAGCAAAGACCUGGCAAAAAAAUACAUAUAUGCCAGUACUGUGAAAAACAGUUUGACCACUUUGGACAUUUUAAAGAGCACCUCCGGAAGCACACAGGUGAAAAACCAUUUGAAUGUCCAAACUGCCGCGAACGUUUUGCUAGGAAUAGCACACUGAAGUGUCACUUGACAGCCUGUCAGUCUGGAGUUGGAGCUAAAAAGGGAAGAAAGAAGCUAUAUGAAUGUCAGGUUUGUAACAGCGUGUUUAACAGCUGGGAUCAAUUUAAAGAUCACUUGGUAAUACACACUGGUGACAAACCCAACCACUGUACCUUAUGUGAUUUAUGGUUUAUGCAAGGCAGUGAACUGAGAAGACAUCUCAAAGACAUGCACGAUAUUUCAGAACGACUAGUGACAGAAGAGGUUCUUCCAGUGGAAGCUGUGGACAUUGAACCAGUAACAUCAAUGACUAUAAUAGAACAGGUGGAGCAAGUCCACGUCCUACCAGUAAUCCAGGUACAAGUGGAUCCUGCGCAGGUAACUGUGGAACAGAUGCACCAGGAUCUCAUACAGGACAAUCAAGUGAAAGGCAUGCAGAUGGAUGAACUGCAAGAACAGGUGCAAAUUAGUUACUUGGAAGUCGAGCACAUUCAGACUGAACAAGUUCAUGCGGAGCAGUUGCAUGUUGAGCAUGUAAAUCAAAUACAGAUGGAAGAAGUACGGGCAGAACUUAUAGAUGGAACAAACCUUGAACAAGCAGAAUAUGAAAGUGUUGAUCAAGGAGAAGCAGAAAAAAAAGAAACCUAGUCACAUAGAUGAUGUAGAUAAGGAAGAUCAUGAACAAGCUGAAGACAAUUAGUGGACACUGAAUGAAAAAGUGGAUGACUAGGACAAUUAACCACGCUGUGCAGGUUUACAAAUGAAAUGCCAAAUUAUAUUUGUGAACUUUUAUAUUGGCUUUUGAACCAUCAGUGGUCAUCUUUCCAAUAUUAUUUCCUUAGAAAUCCGGACAAGUGGACCAAAGUUAGUUUUCUUUGUGUACAACUAAAUUUCUCUCAUGUGAAAAAUAAUUCAUUCAUGUAAUAACACAGAGCAAACUACCAUAGAGAUGGACAGCUUUGUGAGGAUUUUGAUAAUCCUCACAAAUCACUGUUAUAUCAUUCUUGGGUAUAUGUAAGAGUAACCUCUUUUCUUCUUGCCAUAGAAGCAAACUCUUGUUAUAGAUUUGCAGAGUGUCUGUGGCAGAAGAAUUAGUAAAAUCUGGUGGGUUAUAAUA